GAGAAGGUUACGCGGUGACGUUGAACAUGACGCAGCGAAUAAAAGCUUUGUUGUACGUCAGCACGACCCUUUCCCUGCCUGUUCUACUGAAUUGGGCAGUGUCGACUUUCUGCUCGCUUUUCACUCAGAGCUAAUCUAAAGUCAUCCGUCAAAAUGGUGAACUUCACCAUAGACCAGAUCCGUGCCAUCAUGGACAAAAAGGAAAACAUCCGUAACAUGUCUGUGAUUGCGCACGUUGAUCAUGGGAAAUCAACUCUGACGGACUCACUGGUGUCCAAGGCCGGCAUCAUUGCCUCAGCUCGUGCCGGAGAAACACGCUUCACAGACACCAGGAAAGACGAGCAGGAACGUUGCAUUACCAUCAAGUCCACUGCCAUUUCUCUGUACUACGAACUUUCGGACAACGAUUUGGCCUUCAUCAAGCAGUCGAAGGAUGGCAACGGCUUCUUGAUCAACCUCAUUGACUCCCCUGGACAUGUGGACUUCUCUUCUGAAGUAACGGCUGCUCUCCGUGUCACUGACGGAGCCCUGGUUGUGGUGGACUGCGUGUCAGGUGUCUGUGUCCAGACUGAGACUGUGCUGCGUCAGGCCAUUUGUGAACGCAUCAGACCAGUACUGAUGAUGAACAAAAUGGACAGGGCACUCUUGGAGUUGCAGUUGGAGCCAGACGCACUCUACACAACCUUCCAGCGCAUUAUUGAGGACAUAAACGUCAUCAUUUGUACCUACGGAGAUGAAGAUGGACCAAUGGGCAAGGUUUCGAUUGACCCUAUUCUUGGCACAGUUGGUUUUGGCUCCGGUCUCCAUGGAUGGGCUUUUACUUUGAAGCAGUUUGCUGAAUUCUAUGUCAAGAAGUUUGCAGCAAAGGGAAAUGUGUCAACUACUCCAGCUGAAUACAGCAAAAAGGUUGAAGACAUGAUGAAGAAGAUGUGGGGUGACAGGUACUACGACCCAGAAACUGGCAAGUUCUCCAAGACUGCUAAAGGCAAAAGUGGCAAGGACUUGCCACGUACCUUUGUUGGGUUGGUUCUUGAUCCAAUCUUCAAGAUGUUCCAUGCCAUCAUGAACUUCCACCAAGACGAAGUAAAAAAAAUGUUGGAGAAGCUUGACAUCAAGUUGGAUAAUGAGGACAAGGAUAAAGAGGGGAAGCCCCUCCUGAAGGCUGUGAUGCGUCGCUGGCUGCCUGCUGGGGAGGCACUUCUUCAGAUGAUCACCAUCCAUCUGCCCUCUCCUGUCACUGCCCAGAAGUACAGAUGUGAUUUGCUUUACGAGGGACCUCCUGACGAUGAGGCUGCUGUUGGCAUCAAAAGCUGUGACCCCAAGGCCCCGUUGAUGAUGUACAUCUCCAAGAUGGUCCCCACCAGUGACAAGGGUCGUUUCUAUGCCUUCGGCCGCGUCUUCUCUGGUAUUGUCUCAACUGGAAUGAAGGUGCGCAUCAUGGGACCAAACUUUGUCCCUGGAAAGAAAGAAGACCUCUACCUGAAACCAAUCCAGAGAACAAUUUUGAUGAUGGGCCGUUACACUGAAGCCAUUGAAGAUGUGCCCUGUGGCAACAUUGUGGGUCUCGUUGGUGUUGACCAGUUCCUUGUCAAGACCGGAACCAUCACCACUUUUGAGCAGGCACACAACAUGAAGGUGAUGAAAUUCAGUGUGAGCCCCGUCGUGAGAAUUGCCGUGGAGGCGAAGAACCCCAGUGAACUUCCCAAGCUGGUGGAGGGCCUCAAGCGUUUGGCCAAAUCCGAUCCCAUGGUGCAGUGCAUCAUUGAGGAGUCUGGAGAACACAUUGUGGCUGGAGCUGGAGAGCUGCAUCUGGAAAUCUGCCUGAAGGAUCUGGAAGAGGAUCAUGCUUGCAUUCCAAUUAAGAAAUCUGAUCCAGUUGUGUCCUACAGAGAGACUGUGUCUGAAUACUCAAACGUCAUGUGCCUGUCAAAGUCACCCAACAAGCACAACCGUCUGUUUAUGAAAGCACGUCCAUUUGAGGAUGGGCUGGCAGAGGAUAUUGAUAAAGGUGAGGUGUCAUCUCGCCAGGAGCUCAAAGCACGUGCCCGCUACCUUGCUGAGAAGUACGAGUGGGAUGUCGGAGAGGCCAGGAAGAUCUGGUGCUUUGGUCCUGAUGGUACUGGCCCCAACAUUCUGGUGGACGUUACCAAGGGUGUGCAGUACCUGAAUGAGAUUAAGGACAGUGUUGUGGCUGGAUUCCAGUGGGCUUCCAAGGAGGGUGUCCUGUGUGAGGAGAACAUGCGAGGCAUUCGCUUCGAAAUCCAUGACGUGACUUUGCAUACAGAUGCCAUUCAUCGUGGUGGUGGUCAGAUCAUUCCCACAGCUCGCAGAGCUCUCUAUGCUUGCCAGCUUACAGCUCAACCCAGAUUGUUGGAGCCGGUCUAUCUUGUGGAGAUUCAGUGUCCUGAAGCCGCAAUUGGUGGAAUCUAUGGUGUCCUGAACAGGAGGCGUGGCCAUGUAUUCGAGGAGUUCAAGGUUGCAGGAACCCCAAUGUAUGUUGUCAAAGCCUACCUGCCUGUAAUGGAGUCCUUCGGCUUCACUGCAGAUCUUCGUUCCAACACUGGAGGCCAGGCUUUCCCACAGUGCGUGUUCGACCAUUGGCAGAUUCUGCCAGGAGAUCCCAAGGAAGAGACAACCAAACCUGGUCAGGUUGUUGUUGCCACCCGCAAACGUAAGGGUCUCAAGGAGGGCAUCCCUGCAUUGGAUAACUACCUGGACAAAUUAUAAACUGUUGGCUUUCAUGCUCUUACGUAAUAUACUAAGUUACCUUUGUAAAGGUUGCCAAAUAUGACAAAUGAAGAAUAAACAAAAAAAAUUGUAAACAAAUAAAAUUGAUUUAAAAACUA